AUGUUUACAAUAGAUUACAAAAAAUUAAUAAAGGAAAGCGAAAACCGAGCAAAAUCCCGCCAGGCAAACAGAACCCCCAAUAUUCCUUUUUAUGAGGCCAUAAAGGCAUCAUCAUAUUCAUUCAAUCCUAAUUCUGUUAAGAUCGCUGACAGAAAAGAAAGGCGAACCCGUUCAAUUGAUACAUCUUUUCCUUCAAGAGAAUCUAUAGGAGUUUUCCCUAUAUGGCCCGAUAAGGGCUGUGGGUUCUCUGUGGAAUCCUUCUGCUGGUUGAAUAACCAGUGAAUUAGUUAAGCCAACGCACUGAGUUGGUUUGACCAACAGAGGGAUUCCACGGAGAACCCACAACCCUUAUCGGGCCAUAUAGGGAAAACUCCUAUAUAAAUAAGCAUAGAAAAGAAGAUCAAGAAAUUAUAAACAAGCUGACUGCUGAAAACGCCUUUUUGAACGAAGAGCUUGACAGUAUGAAAGAGGUUAACCGAAAUUUAAUUGAAGAAAAAAUAAAUACUGGAGAAAUACAAGGGGUUUAUCAUGAUAUUCUUGUAGAUGAUCUCCAAAAACAAUUGAAGAUGAAGGAGGAAGAAAUUGAGAAAUAUAAACAGGAAAUAGCUAAGCUGAGGUUUGAGGCUGAAUUUUUGAAAAAAGAUAAGAAGUAUAUGAGAGCAUUGUUGAAGAAAUAUAAAACAACUCCCAGUACAAAUAAUUCAACACUAAGGAAAUUGGAUACGUCAAUGGAUGGAGAAAGUAUGUGUAGUGAUGAUUCGCAUUUAGCAAGCCGCAUUGAAAUGAUGUCAACUGUAGAUAAAUUAUUACUAAAACCACCUGAACUAAAGAAAAUACGUCCUUCUAGCUUUGAGCCAUUAUCGAUAUUUUCUAUUCAAAUUUCUAAAGAAGAAAAUUUCACACAUGUUUUAAGCGCUGCAGGGACAUGCAUAAAAGAGGCUGUAGGCCAAUGGUAGUGCAUUUUUGAUAAUGCACAUUUCACCGAAGUACUUUUGGCCAAAAAUUGGGUUGGAACUUUUUGAUAGCGAGUCAUUUGACUGAAAAAAAACGUUAAAAUUUAUUUAAAAAUUUUCGACCAAAUGUAUUUUGAUGAAAUAUACACUAUCAAAAAUCCACUAUCAUUUGACAUGGAGCCCAUAAAAGAAACAUUUAAAUGUGAAAAAGCUACAAUAUUGCUAACUGAUGAUUUUUUUAAAAGAAAGUAUGAAGAAUACCAUCCUCCCCAAACAAUUUAUAAGUCCUUUUGGGGCUCAAAAUGAAUUUAUUUACCUAAUGAAAAAAACUUGACAAUUACUGAUACAGAUGAUAUUAAGCCUGAAUUGUCGAAAAAAGGCUUUAGCUCUGGAGAUUUUGGAUUUUAUCCUGUUUUCUUUCAAGGAGAAGUUGGUAUGAUAAUAAAAGCAGAAAAGAAACUCCCAAAAAAUGGAAAAAUGCGAAUUUUCACUCCUCAAGAUUUAAAAGCUUUAUCUGUAAUCAGCAACAUUUUAACACUUUAUUUCACUUCUCUUGAAGACAAACAAAAGGCAUUGAUGCAAAAGCAGCACGUUUUUGAGCUUACUAAUAUCGCAGCAAAUCUCCUAACCAACCGCUCCUACAAAGAUCUUGCCAAUAAAAUCUACAAUGUCCUCCCCAGCUUCUUUGAAUUCGAAAGAGCUGGGAUUGUUUUUGUAGAUGAAUAUUCCCACGAAUUUUUCACAAUGGUCUCUUCAGGCGACGACCAUGAAAAAUAUUCAGACAGAUUUAUCCAAUUUCCUCUGAAUAUUGGCGUUUCAGGCGAAGUCUAUAAAACAGGCGAUGUCUGCCACUAUCAUAGUGUAAAAAAUCUCAGAUUUUAUAACCCAGAAAUCGAUAAUGUCGCUUCAGUCCCAAAUUUAAGAAAUUGCCUUAUGGGGUGCAUGCUGGGACACAAUGAUAAAGUUGUUGGGAUUUUGCAGCUUGGAAAUAAAAUGAAUGGAAAACAUAUAACAGAAAAUGAUAUUAAAAAAAUGAAAAGUGUGCAAAAAUUGAUCGGAAUGUGCAUUUCUACAACAAAUGUGAUUGUUGAAUGCUUAAGCUUAACGAUCAGUUUCAAAUCGUGCAUUGAAAGUGUUGCAUGUGCAAUAGAAAGUAUUAGUGCAAGCAAGAACAACUCAGAAUUAAACGAGCUGAGGGGUCAGCUGUUUAGCUUAAGGUCUAACAUGUUUGAAGCAGUACGAAGAAAGAAUGAUUCAACGCAAUUAUUCAAUAUAAUUCUUUCCUAA